GCCCGCAAGCGCCUCAAGUUCCGCGCCGACGACGUCUGCUCGGAGCGCGUGACCGUUGCAGAUUACGCGAACUCCGACCCGGCCGUCGUGAAGUCGGGACGGGUGAAAAAGGCCGUGGCCAACGCGGUGCAGCAGGAGGUAAAAUCCCUCUGCGGUUUGGAAGCUUCUUGUGUUCCUGCUGAGGAAGUUCUCUCUGUAUCUGGAGACUCUUGUGACAGCAGCGAUGAAACGGACACAAAGGAAAGUGUCAACGGGCGACCUGCGUCUCGAAAGAAGAAGAGCAAAAGGCACAAAGAAAAUCCUGAUGGUGACGGCGGAGAGGAAUAUCCCAUAGAUAUCUGGCUGCUGCUGGCAUCCUACAUUCGCCCUGAAGACAUCGUUCGGUUUUCUCUGAUCUGCAAGAAAGCCUGGACUGUUACUUGCACUGCUGCCUUUUGGACCAGGCUCUACAGAAGGCACUACAGCCUGGAUGCCUACCUGCCUCUCCGCUUGCGACCAGAAUCCAUGGAAAAGCUGCACUGCCUCCGUGCGUGUGUCAUCCGGUCGCUGUACCACAUGUAUGAACCUUUUGCAUCGCGAGUCUCCAGGAAUCCGGCUAUUCCAGACAGUACUCCUAGCACUUUAAAAAAUUCCAGAUGUCUGCUUUUCUGGUGCAAAAAGAUUGAAGGGAACAGACAAGAAUCAAUGUGGGAAUUCAACUUCAAGUUCAAAAAGCAGUCGCCCAGGCUAAAGAGCAACUGCUGCAAAGGUCUCCAGCCACCCAUUCAGUACGAGGAAGUCCACACAAACCCUGACCAGGACUGCUGUCUACUGCAGAUCACCACCUUUAACUUCAUAUUUGUGCCAAUAGUCAUGGGCAUGACGUUUACCUUGUUCACCAUCAACGUGAGUACAGACAUGAGGCACCAUCGGGUGCGCCUGGUGUUCCAGGACGCCCCCGUUCGCAACGGCAAGAAAGCCCGGCUGGACCAAGGCGUGCAGGUUGUGCUGGACCCUGUGCACAGCGUGCGCCUCCUGGAUUGGUGGCACCCGCAGUACCCCUUCUCUCCCAAAGCUUAGUGYCCUCCGGAGCCUGCAGCAGCCGGCAGCUGACUGAAUCUGGCAGGCUGAAGAGAAUUCCUAGGAACCAGGAAAUCCUCUUUUUAUUUCUAAAAUAAAUUCUGCAGUCUCCUUGCAAGUGGUUGAAGCUACUGAGCUAGUCUCUAUGUAUAUAACUUCCGGUCAGUGACGGGCAGAGCUGAGUGUAAAGUGGAAAAAAAAAUUUGUAAACACACUUUUAUGUAAAAAUUCACGUUUUAUGAUUUGAAAGGAGCUCCCUGGAACUGUUCAUUUAAAAUCCUUUUGGUGCUAAUGAAAGUGGUCCUGUUUUUUGUUGUUUGGGAAGAAGCAGGAAGCUUUAAUAUGGCCAGAAGCAGUUUCACAACCGGAGUUCAUGUUUGUUUUGCUGCAGCCUGCUUGCGUUCAAAUACAGUGUGAUGUUUCGGGGUUUGAGGAGCAGUAAUCAAAGCAGCAGCCAUCAACAGUAAUGCCAGUUGUCAGAUGUGAGUUAAAAAAAAAAGUAUAAAUGAUCAAAGUAAUUAUUUCAAAGAAGAUUUGUAAGGGAAAAGGCUGUAAAGAUACUCCACGUUUUCACACUGAUGUUUCCCCUUGAGAAGAUCUAAACUUUUAAAGCCCAAACAUGCUUUUCAGAGAAGAUGAACAGAGUGGGGGGGAGAUGCAGAUAAACUAAAAUUGAAGCAAUUGUGAACGACUUGAAUUUUUGUACAAGCAGCGGAGAAGCGUUGACCUGUUGAUGCUGGAUAGCCCAGGAGCACCAAGUCCUCAGCUGAACAAACUUAAGAAGACCCCCCAAGCUUUCUGACACUACUGUGGCAAGGGGUUGUUGGAGAAGGGAGCGGGUGCUGAGCCCGGGCCUGCCAGACUCGUGAGUGCUCUUGGGCAGGUGAGUAACGGUGAGGGCAGUAACCAGAUCCCGAGCUCCGCAGCUCAUGGAUAUAAAGGAUGAGGUUAUCAGUCCCCUUUCAUACCAGAGCUUAUCUCGGGCCGGAAGAGCUGAGCACUCGUGUGUGGGCUGUGUACAGCGGUUACUGCAACUCCUGCAAGAGGGCGGCUGGAGAGAGGGAUUUUAUCUCCUCGGUUUGACUCAGCUGUGCAAACACUCCGUCAUCUCUGUGUCCCCUGUGGCUGCCGCCAGGAGUUUCUUGUGUGUCCCUUGGCCAUUGUGUAAAUUAUCAUCAAGGACACCAGUCCCAGGUUUGCAUUUACAUUAGAUACCUGCUCCUUGAUAAGAAUUUUGAACAAACAUWUGGGAAAACUGCUGUGUUCCC